CCAUUAAAAUGCAGAGAAAAAAUAAUUAUUAAAAGAAAAAAAAUAAUACUUUGACGGAGAGAAGGUUUGUGUUUGAAGCGGUGAUGAGGGGAUUGGUUAGAAUAUUGAAGCAAGGUCUGUCUUCUUCGUGUCAACAGAGACGACUAGGUUUUUGCGAAGCGAAAAAUGUCGGUUUUAUCUUUUCGUCUUCCAAAGCGCUGUCGUAUUUGUCCAAUUCAGCUGCUUCGCAAGACUCUUCACUUUUGAAGCCUUUCCCUCUUUCGACUUUACCAUACGGAAAUUGGAACCGUUUUCAAGGGCAGAGAAGGACAAUGUUUAUACAGACACAGUCAACGCCGAAUCCUUCAUCUCUCAUGUUCUACCCAGGGAAGCCUGUUAUGGAGGUUGGAAGUGCUGAUUUCGCAAAUGCACGGGCAGCUAUGAAUUCUCCAUUGGCAAAAGCACUUUAUGGGAUUGAUGGUAUUACUCGAGUGUUUUUUGGUUCAGAUUUUGUCACAGCAACAAAAUCAGACAAUGCUUCUUGGGAUUUUCUUAAGCCUGAAAUUUUUGCUGCAAUCAUGGACUUCUAUUCUUCUGGGCAGCCAUUGUUUCUAGACUCAGAAACUGCUGCAGCCAAGGACACUGCUAUUCAUGAAGAUGACUCAGAAACUGUUGCAAUGAUCAAAGAAUUGCUAGAGACACGUAUUAGGCCUGCAGUGCAAGAUGAUGGUGGAGACAUUGUAUACUGUGGAUAUGAUACAGAAACAGGAAUUGUCAAAUUGAAAAUGCAAGGAGCAUGUAGUGGCUGCCCGAGUUCAUCUGUCACAUUGAAAUCUGGCAUAGAAAAUAUGCUGAUGCAUUAUGUACCAGAGGAGUUGGUGUUGGGGAAACGUACUUGUCUAUGCUUGUGUAGUAUUUUUGGAGUAGCUUAAGGAUUCAGGUAUCUAUUACACAGUCCCCUUGAACUUGGGGUUUUUGAGCAUUUACCUAUCUAUUUUUUUAUUCAUUUGAGCUAUAUUGACGUACUUUUGUAUAAUCUAUAUGUGAACCUUUGAUCACCUUUUCUGCAAAUAUUUUAUAUGGUGAAUGCAUGAAUCAUUUUCUGGUGUAGAAAAGAAAAACACUGGGCAACUUUUUUUUCUGUACUUUUAAUGAUAAUGAUAAAAAUGUUGGUAAGAAAAUGUGGAUAGACCCAAGGAAUGGAUCUAAUAUAUGGCUCAUUUGUUUCCAACCAAGAAUAUCCGCCUAGAAUUUUAGGUCCUAGUCCAGUGCAAUACCAGGGAAUUAUCAGGGAUUCCAAAACAUAAAAAAUAGAAAAAAGAAAUAGAAACAGAAACAGAAACAUAAUUUUAGGGAUGAUAAUCUAUAUGUGUACUUGCAAUUGAUUCCUUAUUAUGCAUGUCAUACCUUAUGAUUAUGACAUGUAUAUAGUGUUCUGGUUGGAGGCAUGCACAUGACUUUAUAUGCAUAACAACUUCUUUGUUUGCAGAUGUAGUUGGGUCUCAAAAUUUCUGAGUUGAAAUAAUUUGUCCUUGUUUUCUAGGCAGAUUUGCCUUACUGUCAUGGUUAGCCUGCGCAUUUUCCUUGGCCAACCAUUAUUUGUGACAUAAGCUAGACUUUUGUUUGGUGAUUGCAUGUAAAUUCA